AUUCACAGUGUAUCCGACGACUUCCAAGUCAACUCUAUCUUCUCUUUAAAGCCUAAUUACCAGAGAAGGUUGCAGCCAGCCGGCUACCGUACACAUAUUAACACUUCACCGUUGAUAGCCGCCAUGCUAGCCUUUGCUCUCCGUCUCUCCUUCCCCAUCAUUAUCUUCCACUUCUUGGCUCUCAGAUUAGCCGACACCACUGCGGCGGCGGCGCCACUUUAUAAAGCAACCGAGUUCUUCCUCCUGAGCUGCGGCGCGCCGUCGAAGAGCACCUCACAAGAUGGACGUGAUUGGGAUACGGAUAACCACUACCUGCAAUUCAUGCCGACGAACACGGCGGAGCUAUCUUCUCCGGCCAUUGCGGAGCAAGGCCCUUUGGCCUCCCAAGUUCCGUUCACCACCGCGCGUGUCUUCACCUCCGAGCUCACAUACUCCUUCCGUGUCUCCCCCGGCCAAAAGUUCCUCCGCCUCUACUUCUACCCUGCCAAUUACUCCGCCGCCGCAGGCGGCGGCGGCAGAAGAUUCAACAAGACCGAUUUUUUCUUCACCGUCACCGCCAACAACUACACCCUGCUCAAAAACUUCAGCGCCUUCCUCACGGUAUCCUCGCCGGACCCUUUCGUAUUCUCGCCGGAUCCUUUUAUUAAAAAGGAAUUCAUCGUUAACGUUGAUGAUAAACAGCAACUGAACCUUACUUUCUCACCUUCUCCUUAUGCCUUUGUGAACGGAAUCGAAAUUGUGUCCAUGCCGUCGGAUUUAUACUUCAGAGGCGACAAUAAUAAUUAUCCGAUAAUAAGUGCUGUCCAUUUUGAUAACUCGACAACCAUGGAAACUCUAUACAGGCUGAACGUUGGGAGCAGGCAUCUGGGGCCCAAAGACGACACGGGCAUGUUUCGUGAAUGGUCUGUCGACGACUACUACGUUGUCGAUCUAAUGUAUCAAACGCCGUUCUUGCCCGUACCGGUUUAUUAUACUAAUCAAACUCCGGCUUACACCGCUCCUGACCUAGUUUACACUUCGGCAAGGGUCAUGGACAAAAGUAAUAGAAAUGGCCUUUUUUGGCUGUUCCCUGUUGAUGCUGGGUUUUUCUAUCUUUUCAGGUUUUAUUUCUGCGAAUUUGAGCCUGAAUUCACGACUGUGUAUCAACGAGUUUUCUCAAUAGAGAUAAAUAAACAGAUGGUAGAGGAUGAUGUUGAUGUUAUUGAUCAGAGCGGCGGCCGUGAAGUUCCGAUAAUGAAAGACUACGUGGUUUUUGUCCCUGACCCAGAUCGUCGCCGGAGCAAACACAAUGUUUCUCUCGUGUUGCGUCCCAACAUGAAAGACAAACCGGUGUACUUUAGUGCGAUCUUGAAUGGGUUAGAAAUUUUUAAACUCAAUGACUCGACGGGGAAUCUGGCCGUGCCCAACCCUCCUGAAAUUCCGGCCAUUCAAUCAGGAUUAAUGCCGGAGAAGAAGGGUAGAAAAGGGUUGGUAGCAAUUAUUGGAGGAUUGGUUGGCGGAGUUGCUGCGUUACUCCUAGUAAUAAUUCUGAUCAUUUUCUUGAUUUUCCGGCGGCGGAAGAGGAUGCCGAACCUAGCUCCAAGUGUCACAAAGUCAUCGUGGGUCACCAUGGCCAGAGACUCAAUUACCACACAAAAGACGGGAGGAUCCGACGGCUCCCGUCUGCCGUUAGAUCUCUGCAGACAUUUCUCCCUAGACGAGCUCAAACGGGCCACCGGUAACUUCAACGACAAUUUCGUCAUCGGAAGAGGCGGGUUCGGGAAGGUCUACCUAGGCUACAUCGACGGCGCCGACAAAACCUCCGUCGCGAUCAAACGUUUGAGCCCCGAAUCCAGCCAAGGUUUCCGCGAAUUCCAAACCGAAAUCAAGAUGCUAUCCAAGCUCCGACACCUCCAUCUCGUGUCCUUGAUCGGAUACUGCGACACCGACAGAGAAAUGAUCUUAGUCUACGACUACAUGGCCCACGGAACGCUGCGCGAUCACCUCUACAAGGCCGCCGGGAAGCCGCCGCUCCCGUGGAAACAGCGGCUCAAGAUUUGCAUCGGCGCCGCAAAAGGCCUUCAUUACCUCCACGCCGGCGCGAGACAUCCGAUCAUUCACCGGGACGUCAAGUCCACCAAUAUUUUACUGGAUGAGAAAUGGGUGGCUAAGUUAUCAGAUUUCGGGCUGUCCAAGGUGGGCCCACUAGGUGAAGCCGUAAGCCACGUCAGCACCGCCGUCAAGGGCAGCUUCGGGUACGUUGACCCGGAGUACUACAGACGGCGUCAGGUAACGGAAAAGUCCGAUGUUUACUCCUUCGGAGUUGUCUUGUUCGAAGUGUUGUGCGCUAGGGCCGCCGUGAUUCCAAAUCUGCCGAGAAAUAAAGUCAGUCUGGCGGAGUGGGGCCGCCGGAGUUAUGAAACGGGGGACGUCAGCGAGAUUGUGGACCCGAAUUUGAAGGGCCAGAUCGCGUCGGAGUGUCUGAUCCAGUACGUGGAGAUCGCCUGCAAUUGCCUGAAGGAUCAAGGGAUCGAUCGGCCGGCGAUGAACGAUGUGGUGUGGGGCCUUGAGUUUGCGUUGCAGCUCCAAGAUGCGGCCGAUAAGAGAGGCGGCCUCUCUCCGCCGCGCACGCCGGAGAGGCCGGGCUUUCCUUUGCUUGCAAAGGGCGGCGACGGCGAGGCGGCAAAUAAGUCAGACGAGGAUUAUGGUGGCGCGUUUACUACAUCCGAAAACGCUGAAAAAUUGUUCAGGACUAAAAGCAGUGCCACUGCUACUUCUACAAGUGAUGAUAGUUUGAGGGGACAAUCUCACACUAUUUUUUCAGAGCUCAGUAAUCAAUUGGGUCGUUAAUACAUACAGAAUACAUUGUUCUACUAUACUUGGAACAACAUUUAGCAGCUAUAUGUAUCAACUAAUUUUGAUAAACUACAUAUGUGUGUUAUUUUGUAUUUUCAGCUUAAUGUAUAUAUUUUUAAUUUGCAACAUUUAGCUUAUA